CCUUCCGGGACCCCCCCGAGCAGGACGGGACCAGCAGGACACAGCCGCCAUGGCUGACGAGGAGCUGGGGACCAGAGCCACCAGGAAGGCCACUUUGUCACCUGGCAGUGCCCGGGGCGCGGCCACCGAGUCCAGCACGCUGCUCCAGGAGCUGCGGGGCAACAUCUCCAAAUCCGUGCAGAGCAAGGUGGACUCCAUCCUGCAGGAUGUGCAGAAGUUCUCGGACAGUGACAAACUCUACCUGUACCUGCAGCUGCCCUCGGGGCCCAGCCUGGGCGAGAAGAGCAGCAGCAGCAGCAGCAGCAGCUCCUCCUCGCUGGAGCUGAGCGCGCUGGGCACGGCCGAGCACAUGCACGCCUGCAGCUGGAUCCGCAACCACCUGGAGGAGCACACGGACACCUGCCUGCCCAAACAGGACGUCUACGACGCCUACAAGCGUUACUGUGACAACCUCGGCUGCCGCCCCCUGAGCACGGCCAAUUUCGGCAAAAUCAUCCGGGAAAUCUUCCCAAACAUCAAAGCCCGGCGCCUGGGAGGCCGAGGACAAUCCAAGUACUGCUACGGUGGGAUCCGGAGGAAGACGGUGGUGAGCCUUCCUCCCCUGCCCAGCCUGGACCUGAAAGCCACCGAGACCGCGGAGCUGUCGGAGCUGGUACCCUCGUACAGCUCGGAGGUGACGGAGGCCGCCUGUGCCCUGACGUGUGACUGGGCUGAGAAGAUCCUCAAGCGCUCCUUCAACAACAUCGUGGAGGUGGCGCAGUUCCUGCUGCAGCAGCACAUCAUCAGCUCCCGCUCCGCACACGCCGACCUCCUCAUGGCCAUGGUGGUGGCAGAAACCACGGACAAGCCCCCCCAGGACCCCCGGCCUCCCUCAGCCCCCCGCAAGAACGGCCCGGACCCCUCUGACAGCGGCGAGCGCAGCCAGGAGCAGCCCAAGAAGGAUGCUGUCCCCAAGGGCCACCUCCCAUCGCGGCCGGACAAGAAGAAACCCUCAGAGCCCCCCAGGCCGGCCAGCAGCCCCCAGGUGACCGCCCUGGUGGCCCGGCUGCCCCUCCUGCUGCCCCGCAUCCCCCCCCCGGAGCGACCCCCGGCCCCCGGCGCCGCCCCGCUGCGCCCGUCCCCUCCCGUCCUUGUCCCCAAGCUGACGGCGGCACCCUUGGGUGGCACGGUCAAGGUGGCCCUGCCGCUGCCCGUGGGGACGGCGCUGGCCCCGGGGGGCUCCGGGCUGCUGAGCCCCCCCGCAGCCAUCCCCGUGCUCAACGUGCUGCUGCCCGGGGUGGGGGUCCCGCCCUGCGCUGAGACCCCCGGAGGCGGCGCCAGGGCGGGAGGGGACGGCGAGGGACAGCGCGGAGGUGGCACCAAGGCCACCAAGCGUCCCCAGGAAGGGGCCGGGGAGGGACCCGCGCACAAGAGGAGGAGGGGGAGGCCGAGGAAGAGGCCGGGGGACGCGGCGGGGUCACCCGAGGGUGUGGAGGUCCCCAAGGGGGAGGAGGGAGGGGAUUCGCCCCCAGGGGACUCGGCCGGGGGUGGCAGUGCCACUGUGGCAUUCGGGGACACGGAGGUGGCCGGCGGGGACGCUGGGGAGGACAUGGAUGCGGACAGUGAUGUGGGGGCUGGUGGGGACAGCUUGGAUGGUGUCACUGUCCCCCUUGGGGACAGCAUGGACAGUGUCACCGUGCCCCCCGGGGACAGCAUGGACAGUGGCAGUGUUGGCCUUGGGGACAGCAUGGACAGUGCCACCGUGCUCCCCGGGGACAGCAUGGACAGUGGCAGUGUUGGCCUUGGGGACAGCAUGGACAGUGCCACCGUGCUCCCCGGGGACAGCAUGGGCAGUGGCAGUGUCACUGUCCCCAUUAGGGACAGCCCAGCUGAGGGAAGUGCCACUAUCGCCCCUGGGGACAGUGUCAUUGUCCCCCCUGGGGACAGCUUGGUCAGUGGCAGUGUCCCUGUCCCUGUUGGGGACAGCCUGGAGAGUGUCACCGUCCCCCUUAGGGACACCAUGGACAGUGGCAGUGUCACCAUCCCCCCUGGGGACAGCCUGGAGAGUGUCAUUGUCCCCCCUGGGGACAGCCUGGACAGUGGCAGUGUCACUGUUCCCCAUGGGGACAGCCUGGACAGUGGCAGUGUCACCGUCCCUGUUGGGGACAGCCUGGACAGUGGCAGUGUCACCGUUCCCCUUGGGGACAGCCUGGACAGUGGCAGUGUCACUGUUCCUGUUGGGGACAGCCUGGACAGUGGCAGUGUCACCGUCCCUGUUGGGGACAGCCUGGACAGUGUCGCCAUCCCCCUUGGGGACAGCUCAGACAGUGACAGCGUCCCUGGUGGUGGCUCUCCUGGUGGUGGCAGUGUCACUGCCCCCCUUGGGGACAGCCCGGUCGCCACUGGUGGCUCUCUUGGUGGUGGCAGUGCCACUGUCCCUGUCAGGGACAGCUCAGCCAUGGCCAGUGACACUGGGGACAGGCCAGAUGGUGGCAGUGCCACCACCGGGGACAGGCCGGUCACCAGGAGUGCCACCAUUCCCAUCAGGGACAGCUCAGCUGGUGGCAGUGCCACUGUCCCCGUCAGGGACAGCUCAGCCAUGGCCAGUGACACUGGGGACAGGCCAGACGGUGACAAUGCCACCACCCCUGUUGAGGACAGCCCAGACAGGGAUGGUGGCACUGCCACCACUGAAGGCAGCCCAGCCGCUGGCAGUGCCACUGUCCCCAUCAGGGACAGCUCACCCAGGGACACGGGGGACAGGCCUGUCACCAGGAGUGCCACCACUCCCAUCAGGGACAGUCCGGCUGGUGGCAGUGCCACUGUCCCUGUCAGGGACAAACCGGUCACCAGGAGUGCCACCGUCCCUGUCAAGGCCAGCCUAUCCAGUGGCAGUGCCACCCCUGGGGACAGGCCUGUCACCAGGAGUGCCACCAUCCCCACCAGGGACAGCCCAGCUGGUGGCAGUGCCACUGUCCCUGCCAAGGACAAUGCAGCCAGGGGCAGUGCCAGCCCUGGGGACAGGCCGGUCACCAGGAGUGCCACUGUCCCCACAGCUGGUGGCAGUGCCACUGUCCCUGUCAAAGCCAGUCCAUCCAAGAUCAGUGCCACCCAUGGGGACAGGCCUGUCACCAGGAGUGCCACCAUCCCUGUCAGGGACAGCCCAGCUGGUGGCCGUGCCACUGUCCCCAAUAAGGACAGCUCACCCAGGGACAGUGCCAGCCCUGGGGACAGGCCUGUCACCAGGAGUGCCACCAUAUGGGGACAGGCCGGUCAGUGGUGUCACUGUCCCCAGUAA